UCUUGUAAACAAAUGAUUACUUGACUAAGUUAUUUUGUUGCAUAAUAUAGUAUUAACACAUUGAGAUAGGUUAUGGAAAUAAAUUAUUUUCAAAUAAAAAUAGAAUAUAGUACAUAGAGAGGUAGAAUAAGAAAGGAAAAGACAUAGUACACAGUUUUCACACUUAUUGUGUACUAUAUAUCAAUACAAAUAGGAAAAGAAAUUUUUAAGUUAUUUAUUAAAUGAAUUACAAAUUAUUUUUGUUGUUACUAGCUUAUUGAUUUAUGAAAUUCAAUUGACUCUUAGUUUCUAAAGAAAAAAUUCAUAUUUUAAAAAUAUGUCAUAUUGACAAUUUGUUAAUAGAUAAACAAGAUCGACUGCUGUAAAUAAUUUUGGAACUAUUAAAAUACAAUUAAUAUUUUUCAAAAUUUUUAGAAUUUUUAACGGAGUUAACAAAGAACUAAUUGAUAACAAAAAGAAAUGAGAGGAAGUUUAAUGUCUAAAUCAUUGAUAUACCUAACACGCUGUCAAUGUACUCGGUUUUUAUGAACGUUCGUAAUGUGAAGGAAAAGACACAUUUAUAUGUCAAGUACGCGAUUUAGUUUUACCUAUCUCAACUCACUAUUAAAACAAAUUUGUACGAACGUGUAAAAUGGAUUUUUUAUUUUUGAGCACACAGUUAUAUGCUCGAAAUACACUUCCAUUAGUUUUAUGAAUAUAAUAUCGUAUCUGUAGGUUAUAAAUACCGAAAAUUUAUCUAUUUGUCGUUCGAUCAAAUAUUUAUUCCCAUUAUGUUAUCUCGAAAAAAUAAGGAUUUAAGAACAAUAAAAGAGGGAGUUGUUGGUAAAUAUGUUAAAAAGGAAACUCCACCUGAAAUGCCAAUUAUUAAUGUAUGGACAACAGAACCAAAUAGAAGGACAAGGAAUCGCAAUAAUCAUCCAGCUAUUCCUACAUCCAUGUCUAUCCCACAACAACCCAGCAUGGUACAAAAGUUUGGAAAUACUAAGACAACAAUGAGUGCAGUAGGUUUAGGAAGUCACGAAGGAAAGUAUACUCCCAAUAGUUCUGUCCCAGAUUUAGCUCAAAGAUUUGCCAGUCUUUCUGUCAAUACUAGUACAAGAGAUGGGAUGUCAUCUCGUACUGCAACUCCGAUGUAUCAUUCUGGACUCUCACCUGCCAUAUCUCAUACUUAUGUUAAUCAGUAUGCUGGAUCUGAAUAUCAUUUAGAUCGGGUUCAAACGCCACAGAUGCCUUAUAAGCCAUUUGACAUUGAUUCAGGUUAUGACGACUAUAAUCAUUCUGCAUAUCGUCACAACACAGGAUAUAGUCGUUGCCAUUCAGAAAGAUCAAGUUCUAGGAAUGAACAGCAAGAAGAACUUCCUUUGCCUCCUGGAUGGUCUGUGGAUUUCACUCUCAGAGGUCGAAAGUACUAUAUAGAUCAUAACACAAAAACCACUCAUUGGUCUCAUCCUCUUGAAAAAGAAGGCUUACCAACAGGCUGGGAAAGAAUUGAAUCGCCUGAAUAUGGUGUUUAUUACGUUAACCAUAUUACACGGCAAGCACAAUACGAACAUCCAUGUUAUCCUCAUGAGAUACAAGCAGUGCGCGUUGUAUCACCUCCACGCCACACACAUUUUCACUCUCACAGUGUUUUAGUUCCAGCUAACCCUUACCUUAAUGAAGAAAUACCUCAUUGGUUAUACGUAUACAGUAGGGCAUCGGUAGCAUUAGAUCGUAAAUUGCGAUGGGAACUUUUUCGUUUACCAGAACUUGAUUGCUUUAAUGCUAUGCUUACUAGAUUAUAUAAACAAGAAUUAGAAGAGGUAGUCAUGCGUUACGAAGAAUACAGGUCUGCUUUGUUAUGUGAGAUGGAACAAAGAUUAAAGGAAUUAAAUCCAGAAACUUCUGGAGCAGUUGCCUUGCGACAAUCUCUUCCUUAAUCAAAAGUAUUUGUAUAUUAUCAACGAUUUUCUGUAAUGUGAAUGAAAGGAA